CCAGUAGUUAGUAAGAAGCGGUAGGUAGUCUCUGACAAGUAAGCGGAAGAUGGAGAUGCGUGUGCGUGUUCUGGUGGCUAUCGGCUUCGCUUGUGCUUUGGCUCGAGGCGAAUACGUCGUACCUGACGCAAAGUUCGAGGCACUGAAGCCAAGGGGCCUGCGUGUGUCCAUACCAGAUGAACCUGGUAUUCAGCUCUUUGCUUUCCAUGGGAACGUGAACAAGGAAAUGAACGGACUGGAAGCUGGACAGCUAGCACGUGACAUCAUCAAGGCGAAGAACGGCCGCUGGGUAUUUCUUGAUGACAGGCUCAAACUAAAUGUUGGUGAUGUCAUCUACUAUUGGUUGUACGUCAUUUAUGAAGGACUUGGAUACCAGAAACUGGAUCAAACCUGGACGGUUACCGAAUUUGUGGAUCCGAACAACGAGGACGGGGCGGACAGAAACCCGAAACCGCCCGUAACCCCUCCUCCUGCGACAUGUGGCAGGUCUCCUACACUUGUGAGCGGGAAGUCUGCAUGCCAGGGCCAGCUGAUCUUCGAGGAGGACUUCAACACACUGGAUGCAGCCAAAUGGGAGCACGAUGUUCGAAUCGCUGGCAGUCCCGAUUUUGAAUUCGUCGCUUACACGUCAGAGAGGGGCAACAGUUACGUAAGCGAUGGAGUUCUGCACAUCGCUCCAACUCUCGUGUCAGAAACACGUGAUGAAGAUUUCAUCACGCACGGAAAGCUCGACUUGCCUCGGUGUACCGGCAUCGCAGGCUCUGUGGAGUGCUCCAAGCAAGCCCAGGGCUGGGACAUCCUCCCACCUGUGUUCUCCGCCCGAGUUCGGACACGUCAGCAUUUCAGCUUCUGCUACGGCCAAGUGGAAGUCAGGGCGAAGCUCCCAGCAGGCGACUGGCUAUUCCCAGAACUAUGGCUGGAGCCAAAAGACAACUGGUAUGGGAGAGAGUAUCUGUCUGGAAGGAUACGGCUCGCAAUGGCAAGAGGUAACAGGGAGCUGUUUCUGAACGACCAGAAGCAAAGUCACAUUGGUGAGCGCCGCCUGGAAGCAGGCUGCACGUUGGGCAUGGAUCAGAAAGUACGCCAUGAAAUGAAGAAUUGGGAAGGAAGAUCUGGCUGGUGCGAAAAUUUCCACGUGUACAGUCUGACCUGGACACCAGAUGACAUGACUUUCAAAGUGGAUGGACAAACACUCGGUGUUCUGAGCCCUCCUCCAGGAGGAUACAGGAAUUUACCCACGUUCACAGGAAGCCACGAUAUCCCCUGGGGACAGGGUACUAAACUGGCACCCUUUGAUAAAGAGUUCUACCUCAGCCUUGGCCUUGGAGUUGGUGGGAUUCAGGACUUUCCUGACAACUGUACUACUGGCUUGCAGCAAGGAGGCCUGCACCCUAAACCAUGGAAGAACACUAGCCCCAAGGCUAUGCUUCAGUUCUGGCGGGACAAGGAAAACUGGAGACAAAGCUGGUCAAGUGGCAACUCAGACCUCCAAGUGGACUACGUCAAAGUGUGGGCUCUGAGAAGACGAAGUGUUGUUCUGGGCACCGCUGGAAGACAUAUCUCCGUACUGCCAACAUUUGACACCGUGGAGGCCAUGAAAUUGGUUCUGCUGCUCCUCCUGUGCGCAGCUGCGCGCGCAUCUGCAAAUUGCAUCGCCUCUAUCACGACGGCGAGUGGCCACAAGGCGCCAUCACGGAUCUGCAGCGGAGAUCUGAUAUUUAAUGAAGAGUUCAACAGUUUCGAUUUCCAGACAUGGAACCACGAGAAAACCGCAACAGGAGGUGGCAACUGGGAAUUUCAGAUCUACCUGAACAAUCGGUCCAACAGCUUCGUGCGCGACGGGACGCUGUUCAUCAGGCCAACACUGACUGCAGACAAGUAUGGAGAGAGAUUCCUCACGUCAGGCACACUGAAACUUUACGGCGGGGCUCCUGCUGACGAGUGCACAAACCCAAUGGACUGGGGUUGUGAGAGAAGAGGAACGAAUGCAAAUGUUUUGAACCCAAUCACAUCUGCAAGAAUUCGCACUGUUGACUCCUUCAGCUUCUGUUAUGGAAAAGUGGAGGUGCGGGCAAAACUGCCGGCUGGGGAUUGGCUUUGGCCAGCUAUAUGGAUGCUCCCCCACUACAACGAGUAUGGAUCUUGGCCGGCUUCAGGAGAGAUAGAUCUCUGUGAGAGUCGAGGUAACAGAAACUUGACCGUCAACGGUCUGAACAUCGGCACUGAACUCACUUCGUCCACACUGCAUUUCGGCCCUUACUGGUCUUUAGACCGGUGGGAGAAGGCCCAUUUUGAAAGACGGUCGGAGCCGGAGCAGGGUUUCGAUCAAGAUUUCCACAGGUUUCAGAUUGAAUGGACGAAAGAUUAUUUGCAAUUCGCUGUUGAUGGUGAGGAGAUUGGUAAGAUAACCCCACCGGAGGGAGGAUUUUGGGAACUUGGAAUGUUCAAUUCAACCAUUGGGACCGCUGAUAAUCCAUGGAUAUAUGGAAGCAAGAUGGCGCCGUUUGACAAAGAGUUCUACUUUGUAAUCAACUUGGCCGCGGGUGGAGUCAACGGAUACUUUCCAGACAAUGCAGAGAAUCCCGGAAGAAAACCAUGGAGCAACAAUUCAACUCGGGCCUCAACUGAGUUUUGGAAUGGCCGACAGCAGUGGCUCCCCACUUGGAAACUAGAAGUGGACAAUGGAGACAGCGCAGCUUUGCAAGUGGACUACAUCAAAGUGUGGGCUAUAUAAACGACAGUCCUCUGCCGAGGAAGGACAACAGCAGGCAUGCCAUGGAGCAAAACAAGUGAUUUUGGUUCCUACAGCUGUCAAUAGACACAUUAACUAAGGGUUUCAUUAAAUUCACUGUUCGAAUCGUUCAAUUACAGAGAAAUUUAAAAGAAACAGAUCAAACUCGAAACGUGUGGUCGAAACACUAUCCUCCAACGAAGAGAAUGCUAGGCAGUUACGAAGGCCCGCUCGCAUGUACUGUGCAAGCUGGAGACAUUAUCAGCUGCUACAGGAUCUGGGGUCCUCACAACAGUGGCAACGAUGAUUUCUAUCUUGUGGUAUGUAACGCCGUGUAGUCGUUGAAAUUCAACAGAUGUUUCGGAGGAACAUAUCGCCUCAAUCUUCAAGACCGAAUAAUAAGCGAAACAAGAAAGCAGUGUGAGGCAGGCAGCAAGAAAAGCACUAGGCUCAUCUAUUUCGAUAUAUUCCCACGUUUCCGUAAGCCACAUGCUCUGCUGUUUCAUGUCUAUUAUUUGCUUGCUUUCUCUACAUCCCCUAAGCUGCCUCAGGAACGUUGACUUUCAACGGACUUCAUGGCAUUAUAUCCCAGAAGAUACAGCCUUUCUUACAGUGUCUGUUGCUAUAUAGAACCUCAACGCGUAUUAAAUGAACGCAGCAUCGUCAACAUGUAUUUCUUCUAACCACCACUUAUCACCCCUUCUGUUUGUUAGAGGAUAGUACAAGGAGAAACCUGAAGGCCAACCAAAUUCCUACUUGAAUAAGUUCUAAAUAUAUUAUCAAUUUGCAAAGUGAAAACUGUCACCGAAUUCCAGCAGUUUCUUGUUCGAACAAACUGGACGAAACUUGAAAACAUCUGUGGUCCUCACGGCAGAGUCUUCCGGGGGAAAGAAACAUGAGGUCAGAUUUCACGGUGUCACACCCCAGAAGACAUUACUUAUCAUGAACCACGACUUACUCGUACGUCAUGUUUCUGGCCGCUUUAAAAUAUUUAGACUAAUCUAAACUUGUGCAUGUAUUCUGUAAGUGCAAUUUACGUAAGGGUAAUAAAUCAUAUAUUAGUGAUCAAA